UAAAUUCAAAGAAUAACAUAGCAGGACCUUUCUAUGAUUGCAUUGUGUUUAAUGAUGGAUCCUAUUGGAAAGCUGCUAUUGAUACAACCAAAGAUGGCGAUCUCCGUGACAUUCCUUGUCUUUGCUCGUACAAAAUAGCACAGCAUUGGGUCAAGUUUGGAUACAAUGAUAUGUUUAAUUAUUCAGUUAACGUCUAUGACAAUGGUAAUCUUCUGAGCAUUGUUACUACUGGAGGUUCUCACGGGACUCACGUUGCAUCAAUUGCAGCUGCUUAUUUCCCAUCGUCUCCUGAGAAGAAUGGUGUGGCCCCUGGGGCACAGAUCAUUGGUAUUAAAGUCGGUGACACUAGACUGAGUACAAUGGAGACUGGGCCGUCUCUUCUUAGAGCUUGCAACAUAUUGGCUGAGCUUCAUUGUGAUCUUAUCAAUUACAGUUAUGGUGAGGCAUCUCACUGGACCAAUAAAGGAGCUGUAUUAGAGGAGUUCAUAUCACUAGUUAGGAAGCACAAUGUUGUAUUUGUAACUAGUGCUGGCAACAAUGGACCAGGACUGAGUACUGUUGGGUGCCCUGGGGGAAACACUGAAGCACUCAUUGGCGUUGGUGCUUAUGUAUCUCCAGACAUGAUGGAAGGGACAUAUUCCAUGCUGAAAUCAAAACCAGGCAUACCUUACACAUGGAGCUCCAGAGGACCAGCUGCUGAUGGUGAUCUUGGUGUCUCAGUCACUGCUCCUGGCGGUGCAUUCACAUCAGUCCCAACGUGGACACUCCAGUGCAGUCAAAUGAUGAAUGGCACCUCAAUGUCAUCUCCCAAUACUUGUGGAAACAUUG